AUGUACUCUAUUGCACCUAUCACCGGUAAAUUUAGGAAAUCUGUUAUUAGAGAUAUCUCUGUUUCAUUAGGUUUGGGCACUGCACUUGGAUACGCAUACUGGUGGGGCGUACAUCUUCCAGCUAACAGCCAAAGAGAUCAAUUCUAUCUCAAACUCGCAAAAGAAAAAGAAGCUAACAAUUAAAUAAUAUUAUCUAGAUUUUACAUUCAAUUUAGAUGAAUUAAGUUUAUUAGUUGAUCUCUCAGUUAUCUUCUUACUAUAGUAGUGUGUCUCUAUAGCUAGUCCAUCUUUGUUUCUUUGUAUCGGUUGGGGGGAAUGCGUAUAUCCAACUACUUGAAUAGCCAUCGGUUUUAUUUCCUCUAUAUAGUUAUAAACCUCUUUCGAGGAUAAUAGACCACGCCAUUGGUGGUGUUUUACUCUAGCAGUAGUGUAUUCAAAUUCUGGAUUAUAGUUAUUCGUAUAUCCAUCUGAUACGUACGAUGGUUUUAGUAGCUUACUAUCAAGCUUGACUAGUGAUAUCCACUCUAAGACGUCUUCAACGUUAGUACCUUCGUUAGGUACAAUUGAGUCUAUUUCGUUCAAUGUAUAUUUAGCUUUUAUGUCACCACUUCCGUCAGUUGAUAAUACAGGUGAUUUCGUAGACAUCUCGAUUCGACUCCGAGUGUGACCAUAAAAUUUACCAUCAAUUAUGGCUUCAUUGUCAGUUAAAGAUAGCUGUGUUAGAUUAUUACUAUCCAACCAGCCAAAGUGUCUAUUAUAAAAAAAAUCCUUAAUGUCUACAUCAUUGAGGGUGAUAACAUUUAAUUCAAAAAUUAAAUCAAUCAUUUAAAUAAUUAUGUGGGUUUGGUAUAUUAAAAGAAGAUUGUUUUGACGCUAUAUUCAGUAGUUUAUCCUCUCUGAGCUUAUCUAACCUGUGUAUCUCCCUUUGUUGGUUAGCUAGACUGUUAUAUGAUGAUUGUAGCUGUUGAGAUUUUAGAUUAUUGUUUAUCUCUUCAAAUGUUUUGUUUUUAUUAUUAUAGCUCUCCAAAAUAUCAAACCAUUCAAAUAAGAAGUUGUUAUCAUUAUCAAUUAUUAAUUUAUCAUUCUGUUCUAACAUUGAAUUAACU